AUGUUGACAUCAAAAAACACUUCUGGUUUUGAAAAUAUAUACUACGACACAAUUUUAAAAGCGUGGGUUUACGCUAAAUGUCAAAAUAAACAGCUUCAUAAACGUCAAUUUUAUGAAAAUCGCGAAGACAAAUCUCUUCUAAAUCGUGUAAUCGAAUACAAAAAACAUUAUGAAGCAAAACUAAAAGACAUAACAAAUUCU